AUUUGUUAGAAAUGUGACUGAUAAUCUUGUUGUAAACGGAACAUCAACAAUUUCACUGACGAAGUCAGGUUUUAACUGACUGCUUUAAAAUGAAGCGCGUCAGACAUGUCACUGCAGACUGAUAUUUAACGACGAUAUAGCUCGGAUGUCUGAAGUAAAGGUCCUUGGACAUAUCCAUAACUUGCGGCUAUACGUGUCACUUCGGUAUAGAUCUGAGACAAUAGGAGCAGUAAAUAACAAUUAGAAGAUACACAUAAACAAAUAACGAGUCUGACAGUACUGUUGUUUUUUAUGUGACAGGAAUACCACAUCUCUUCGAUUCGUCAAAAACCAAACCGUACUUACAGAGGGACACGAUGGAAUCUAUCAACAACACAGUUGGUUAUCAAAAUCAUCGUUAUUAUAGGAUUGAAGAUAUUGAUGAUUUGAAACACUUAAUUGGACCAAAAUCUCCAUUAUGGAGGAUUCUUGAAUCUCAUAAGGCAAACGUUCAGACGUUUGAAGCCUCAAAUGUCACAAGUCCAAACUCGACACUGUUAACAGACUAUGGUCCUACAUCUGCAGCCACAUAUAUCAUCGUUGUUAUAUUGGUGUAUGGUCUAUCAAUGGCUUUCAUUAUAGGAUCACUUAUUACGAAACGAAAGGAAGAGCACACUGCAGAGAAAGAUAUAAGACAGUGGGUCCAUAUAAACAGCGUACAGGAUCAGUUGAAAAGACAAAUAGCCAAACAAGCCGUGAAGAAAGUACUCCAUAGGCAAAACAGUGAAGUAAACACCAAUAACAUACCACGUAUCGAGGAAGAAGUCUCCUUACUAGUAGACUCCACGAGCUCACGAUCGAGUCAAUCUGCCCCAGAUUCUUCGAAUGUUGGCGCGGAUUCAAAAUCCAGAAAUGCUUUCACUAGACUCCCUUCGCUGGAUUCGUCAUUGGGAACAUACGACCUCUCGUAUGCAACCGAGGAUUUCAAGAAGGAGAUUUUUAGUGGUUUGGUCAGUAAUGGUACCAAUUCUACUCUCAGUGAUCUAGAUACAAGCACAAAUAACUGUAGUAACGGUACGACCAUUAAUGAUACAUCUGAUAACGUUAAUGUUAAUACUAGUGAGAGAGCUCAAGCUCAAUCGUUACAAAGGAGUAAUUCAUUCAAUAAUGCAGUGAAUUUUGGAUCGAAUACAUUUAUUGUUUAAUUUAAGCAAAUCAUUUUACACGUAUUGUUUCAUCAACGAUUUUUUGUUAUGGCUGCCAACUCUGCAACACAAGGGGCCCAUCACGUAGUACCAGAUGAACUUCUAUUGGAACAUCCCAGUUAUAUAUUCAAAUCUACCUUGAAUCUGCUCCAAUGUGACAUACAAAUUGGGUUGAGAUGCCCAUCAUAAUAUAGUUCAUUAGUGCAGAAUAAUUUAUCGACACUAAACAAAGUCAGCUUUAAAAACUCACCCCCAUGACUCUAUCGGGUUUUGUACACGAUUUUGACAAAAUGUAUUUUCAAAACCGAUCGUGAAACAAUGAUGAUUUUAAAAAAAAUUAUGUUUCAUAAUGGUAUGCCAUGGAUACAGCUAAUGCCUACACAAUAUUUUAGAAUAAAGUGAUCUAUUUUAAGAUUUGUAUUGUUCGAAUGUCACUCUGGACCCAUUAGGUAAUCCGACAAGGAGAAACCAUCAACAUGAUUUAUUAAAAUAUAUCAACAACCGUAUGAACAUUGUUAAUUAUCAGAGAC